UCCCGUGUGUGAGUCACGGCAGCGCCGUCAAUGCCGUGUGCGGGCGGGCGGCGCUGCCUGGGCUGCCCCGGCCCCCCUCCCCCGGCACAGGGCUGGCGGGCCGCACUUGUCACCGUGUCACAUCCUCCCCGCCGCCUGCCGACCCGGCUCACCCUCCCCAGCUCGGCCGCCGCCCGGGGCCGCCGCGGCGGCAUGGGAUAGAGCCGGGCACAGCCGCCCCCGCCGCUCGUUUUACACUGACCUCCCCGCGGUUUAAAUCCCUCCCCCGCGUGUCCCCCCCGCCGCCUCCUCGCCUCCCCCGCGCCCCCUGUCAGCGCCGAGCCCCCGCUCCCCCGGGCGCCUCCCUCGCCGGUCCUCGCCGCGGAGCCCCCGGAGCGGAUAGCGCCUGGUGCCGAGCGCUUCCCUCCUUCCCCCCAGCCUUGGCGCGCCCGAACAUCUCCGUGUGGCCUCAUUUUUGUGCUCCGGUGGUGUCUGCACAGCCCAAAUUAGCAGCGAGGAUUCCACGGACGGGGGCCGCCGCCUCCCUCGGCUCCCAGAUAUAUGUUGGGGAAAGGAGGAAAGCGGAAGUUUGACGAGCAUGAAGAUGGGCUGGAAGGCAAAGUGGUGUCUCCCACUGACGGUCCCUCUAAGGUGUCUUACACCUUACAGCGUCAGACUAUCUUCAACAUUUCCCUUAUGAAACUUUAUAACCACAGGCCAUUAACCGAGCCAAGCUUGCAAAAGACAGUUUUAAUUAACAACAUGUUGAGGCGAAUCCAGGAAGAACUCAAACAAGAAGGCAGCUUGAGGCCCAUGUUUGUGGCCGCUUCGCAGCCUGCCGACCCUCUCAGCGACAACUUCCGCGAGGCGCAGCCGGCGUUCAGCCACCUGGCCUCGCCGCCCCUGCUCCCCGCCGACCUGGUAAGCACUAUGCCCCUGGAGUCCUGCCUCACCCCGGCCUCUUUGCUCGAGGACGACACGUUUUGCACUUCCCCGGCUGUCCAGCACGACGGCCCGACGAAGCCACCACCUCCUGCUCUCCAACCAGUAAAGGACAGCUUCUCCUCAGCCUUGGACGAGAUCGAGGAGCUUUGUCCAGCACCUACCUCCACAGAGGCAGUAGCAGCUGAAGCAGCAGCCGACGACUCGAAAGCCCAGCCCAGUGAGUCCAACAUCCACAAGCCCGAGGGCCUCCCGGAGAGCAGAACGGCUGAACCCAAACUCAUGGACCCCCUGCCUGGCAACUUUGAGAUAACAGCUUCCACAGGUUUCCUCACAGACUUGACCCUGGAUGACAUUCUGUUCGCUGACAUUGAUACGUCCAUGUAUGAUUUUGACCCCUGCACGUCUGCCACGGGCGCUGCCUCAAAAAUGGCUCCCGUCUCAGCAGAUGAGCUCCUAAAAACUCUCGCUCCCUACAGCAGUCAACCAGUAACUCCAAAUCAGCCUUUCAAAAUGGAUCUCACAGAACUGGAUCACAUCAUGGAGGUGCUUGUUGGGUCUUAAAAAUAUUAGAAAUAUAGCAACUUUUGUUUUGUUUUGUUUUUUAAAUUUUCUUUCAUUUUCUUUUUUUUUUUAAUUUGAAGUACCAGUAUAUACACUUGGUAGUAUUUCCAUAGUCCCUCCCAGCCCCAAUUCACAGCACUGUGCAUGCAUCCUUGCUUGCCUUUUUUGAAAAGAAAAGGAUCACACUAGUUUUUGCUUCGAGCAGAGUUGGAGUGCCUUCAUCCAUGUAUGACCACUUCUAAUGUAUUUUUUUUAAAGUGGUUCCUCAAGGAAGACCGAAUAUCCUGGUAUAGGAGAGAAUAUGUAUUGUAGACAAUGUUAUGUUAUUACAAAAAAGAAAAAAAAAAAAAAAGAAAAAAAGGAAAAAAAAAGGUAAAAGCUAAGCACAAGGAUUAUGUUGGGGAAAGCUGUAAAUUGCAUGUGCAUACUUGUCUAUUUUUUCUAUAAGUUUUAUUGCAAGAGGUAAAAAAUUUUAUUAUUUAGAUAAUCUCAAUACCAUUUUAGCCCUGUAUAGGUUGACUUUAGCAAUUCAGCCUUUUGGAGGCAUUAACCUGCUCCUCUUUAAGUGUUGCAUUUACAUGGCUGUUUAGAAACUGCUGCCCAAAUUUAUUUUAUAUUUUUGUACAGAUUCUGCAGUUUAUGGUAUUGUUUUUUCUAAAAACAAAUGCUGUUUAUACACACAAAAAAAUAGCUAUUUUGAUAGGAUUUGCUCACAUAGUUCCUGCAUAAUUCAGAUGUACAAGAACCACUUGUACUUUUAUACAGAGUUGUAAUGUUUUAUAUGUGUAUGGUGCAAAGAGAAAAUUGGAUCAAAUAAGCCUGCAGUCGGUUUCCCUGAAUGCAAACAAACAAACAAAAAAAAAAAGUGCUUUAAGAAAGGGCUGGGAGCUGCUUCUGCCGGAGUUUCACAAGUGUUUGCUCCCUGCUGUACCCACUGCGCACUACUGUGAUUCCUGAAACUUAGAGCCAUGUCCUUUUCCAACACGUAUGUGAAGCAGUUGGCAGGAAACAGUUGUGGAACUUCACCGCCGGAGGUCUGAGCGCUGUCCCCAAGCCCGCCCGCCUCGCCGGGCCCCAUCCCGCCUGACGUGGAGCCUUACCCCGGCGGAGAUCGGCACCUCCUCGGCCGGAGCUCCUGGGGAUGGUGCGGGGGAGCCGCGCCUGGAGCCCCCAGAGCCAGCCUCCCGUGGCAUCUCCCUGACUGACGGGCGGAGAGCAGGGCUGGGAGCGCCCGCUCGCCCUUUCUUGGAGCAUUUCUCCUCCCCUCUCCCACCUCACUGUGCUAAGUGCUGAAAAAGGCAGCUUCAGUAUUACUGCAGUGAAGCUCAUCUCGUACCUGCACUGGAUGGACUUGCUUUAAUAUCCAUUGCUGUCGAAACUGGAGCCAGUCGUGUGACAUCACUUGGCAUCUCCUAUAGAGUUGGGUUCUUGUAUCAACUGUGUUACCUGCUUUACACUUUAUAGACCCGUUUUACAAGGAAUAUACAGACACAGCUUUCUAUGCAUGGUCCCCUCCCCCGUAACACCUGAGAAGUCUUCUUACUGCACCAAUGGCUUUUUUUUUUUUUUUCCUAAGUUCGUUGUGGUGUACAUUUAAUUUAAAAAGAAAAAAAUGUUUGCAAUGUAUCAUGCCUAUUGCUGAAGUUGCUAUGGCAUUUUAGUUUUCCAAUGGUACUUUAGUUGUCGAGUGCCGGUUACAACCUAUAUUGUUGACAUGCCUAUGGCUUCUUUAGGAAUAACUUUUGUAUUUAUUUAAGAAAUUUUAAAUUAUGUUUUACGUCAUUUGGCAAUAUUCAGUCAAUUCUGCUCCCUUCUUGUCAUGGAUGAAAUUGGGUCUUGCCUGCCUUUUGAGGAGGCGGCUUUUUAUAAAUUGGCACUUUAAACCAGGCCAUAUAUAUUUAUUAGUAUAUAGAUAGAUGUAACGUAGAUAUGCACACAGACACGGGAUGAGAGCAAACACACUUUUGCAAUGAAGGAACUCCUAAUGGAAAUGAAAUGCAUCACGUACAGCUGCGAAAGGCGCUUUGGCUCCCAGUUCAUCUGUCAGGGAGAGACAGGGCUGGGGGAGGAGGGGGGCACUGGCCCGGGGGCGUGGGUUUGCUUUCUUCUUUUCCUGAGCUGAACUCCGAAGCACUGGGGUGCUCAUGGAUUUGCAGUCACUACACACACUAAAGAGAAAGGAAGUUACUGCCUCAGAGGGAGAACCAUUGACCAAGUGUAGCUUUAGGGACCAGGGGAAGGGAGGGAUGGGACAGCUCCAGCUCCACCCAGCCCUUGUUCCACAGCAAUUCUCAGCCCUUGCAGGAGAACCCAUGGCCUUGCUGUCCCUGCACCUCGAGUGCCUGGCAACACAAACCUGGAACAGCACCAGGCUCACACAGCAACCUGGUAGGUGCUUGCCCCUUACCAUGGUUAGAAACUGAUUUGCAGGACACUGGAGCCAGCUGGUUUUUGGGAUUACUUAAGUAUUUACACCUGCAUAAAUACCACCUGCUAGGCAAAAGCUCCCCUCAGUGCCCUUCUCAGAGACCUGUGCUGUUAAGGGGAGUCAGCUGAAGUUUUUGUAUCCAGAGAGCAGGAGCCGAGUCUAAAUCCAGUCUGCCACUUGGGCAGGGUCUGUGGCUCCUUGGUGCUGAAGCUCACGUCCUGGGGCACAAUCCCUGCAGGAAUCCCACAGGACAAAACCUACUUGAUUUGUGGGGCUCAGCAGAAGGUUGGGAAGGCUGGUGCAGGCCUGGGCUGGAAGGGCUGAGCUGUGGCUUUCCCCCUGCACAGUCACUCACUGUCUCUAGCUGGGCCUGUGCUGUGGUCCCAACAGCAGCCAAGCAUGGAAUUUCUCUGACACCUACACCAGGGAUGGAGAUUGACAUUGACGUGCAAUGAAGUGACAAGAUGGGAGCAGAAUAAGAGGGCUUUGGAUUUGAAGUGAUUUUUUUUUCUUAAAUUAUUUAUUCUUUUUUUUUCUUCUGUAAAUAUAUUUAUUUUAUUGUGAAGCUAACAACAUCUGGAUUGUAACAUGUACAGAAUGUAUGGUAGGAAUGUAUCCUCUUGUAGGAAUGUAAAGCUGUAUGAAAAAGGGUAUGGGAGCCAGAUUCAGAAAGAAUUAAUUGAGUUCCAGUCAGGAUAUGCAUGGAUCACAGGAUUAUUUUUUUCCCUACACUCUUUUUCUAAUAUGGGUCUGGUUGUUUGAAAUAUGCAAAAAAAGGUAUGGAGGAGGGACAGGGUUAUGUUCAAAAUUAGUUCUAGUCAGGCUCCUACCCCCCACUGGCAGCUUGAGACGGGCCUCCCUUGGCACGCUACUGGAAUCUGCCGCUGGAGGCAGGAGCAAAUGCAGUCAUCUCCAUCAUGCUGGCCUGGGAAAGGUUUAGAAAAGAUGAUUUUGUCCCUUAUUUUUUAAACACGCAUGGGAGGCCCAGCAGAAUUCCCUGGGGCCGGACGCCCGUAGAAGGGGGCAGGAUGUUCCUGCGGCCCCGGGAGUUGUGCCAGAGCCACGUCCUUGCCCAGAGCCCAGAGCUGGCUCUGCAUCCCACCAGCCCGGCCCGGGGCUCUGCAUCCCUCCAGAGCCCUGGGAGCCAAGGAAGUGGAGCAUCCUUGUUGGAGAGAGCGGCUUCCAGCGCCGUCUGUCCGUCUGCAGCCGGCCGGAGGGAGAGCAACGCCUGGAGCAGUGGCUGUCGGGAGAAACUCGGACCUUGUGCAAGGUAAUUCGGAUUUUCCUCAACGCCGUGUGGUAAGAGCCUGGGUUAUUUAAAACGGAUAAUUCAAAAACUGGUAAUUUCGAAUCCAAGGUUUACACGUUAUUACUAUUAAAUUGAGUAUACAGCAAUGGGUCCUGUUUGACAAACGGUUUAAUUCGUUCUGGCAUGUUUUGAAGUUUUUGUUCUUGUUACAGGGUUUCUUUUGGUUUGGUUUUGUUCUUUUUUUCCUCCCCCAGCCCCCCAAUCAGGCUUCAGUAUCCUGCUUCUGUGCAAGUUGCUUUCAAUAUUCUAUUAAUUAAUGAGACUGAACAUUUUAAAAUAAAUUAGUUAUUUUUAAGCACUUUUUUCUUUUUCUGAAAAUAAGCCUAAUGCAAGUUCUGGAACCUCUUUAAAAACACAAAUUGCAGAUAAAAUCCCAACCUCAACUCCUAUCUAGUUCUGAGCGUAUUCCAUACUAGUGCCUGCAAAGGCCAAGAUUCUGGAAAAGGUGUAAAUAGUGUGACAUGUUCAGUGCAUGGUUGUUUGAACAGGGCUUGUUAUUGUAAAAAAAAAAAUUAAAAAAAAAAAAGAAAAAAAGGAAAAAAAAAAAGAAAAAAGGCUGUAUUUCCCCUUCCCCUCCCACAGACCUUAGAGCUGUGCCUUUUCUAUGCAAUAUUACAGACAUCUGAAACCAGAUUACUGUAUUCACAUGUAGGUAUGGGCUGUAAUCAAAAAAACAAUUGGACAAAUGUACAUGGAAAUGAGCAGUCUUACUUUUGUAGUUUUAUAUUAUACAAUAAACAAUUAAAAUAAA